UAAAAGUUGAAUUUUUUUUUUUACCUUUGAAACUCAGAAAAUGUCCAAAAGUCGAAAACUUUUGAAACGCAUAAAUGUACACAGGUAUUUUUCUAGAAAAUUUCUGAGAUUAAUCUCAAAACCUGGGAGUUUUUUUCUAUCUACAAUGGCCCUAAUAGAUUGCCAUAGGCUCUUUGUAUAAAGCGCAAUAAAGAGUGAAGGUGUAACAUGACAAAAUGAGAAUAAGUUGAAACAGUUUGAAUGUUUUUUUUAUUUGCAAAUGACACUGUGUUUUCCUUUCUUCAUACAGAUGACCCCAUGGUGACCUCCCAGAUUUUCCAGUUUUGUGUUGUGCUACAGGAGACCAAUAGGUGGCACUGUGUACUUUACUGCAAUUUCACUUAAAGCUACACUAAAGGAAUCCCCCCCUCCAAAAAAAAUAUAUCUAUAAAAUAAAAUGUAUCUCACUGAAACAGAAAAGACUUUUAACAGACUUCCAAACCUUGUUUUGCUCCACAUAAAUCCAGAAUAUUCCCUUUACCUUGGAUGUAUGACUGUGAUUAGCCUGGAUUAGGCAAAUAAAAGGCCAGUGGUCUUCUAUUAGUGGUCUUGGAGUCCAUUUGUCCAGAGUUAAUUCAGUGGUCAGAGAAGGCACCUUUUGUCUAAAACAGAACCAGGCAAAUUCUAGUCACGCGCCGCCUGCGAAGAGCUCGAGGAUCGCCUCUGCCUCAUCUCAUAACUCAAGUCAAACCAUGAUCUAGGCAGCGAGCCGUCCAGAGCUAUAAGAAGCUCCGUGGUGCGAUUAUGGAGAGCCGGCAGUGUCUGCUGCUGCUGCUGCUGCUGACUGCAGUUACUUUAAGGCCUUGCCCUGGAGAGCCGAGGGGAAAUGACGAUGGCGUCGACCCCAUCGGCCUUCUGAGAAAUAUUUACGGCAGGCUGCUGGUGAGGGCCGAGCCGUUCGUCAGGGACUCUGAGCUUAAAGAGCUGAGGCGCCCAGCGGAGCCUGCAGUCACACAGCAAACUGAGGGCAGAGCCGGCGCUGAUGGGCCGGUGGCGUUUACCAAAAACGGGCAGAUCAAGGGCGUUACUGUGGAUAAGGCCCACAUAUUCUACGGGGUGCGCUAUGCAGACCCUCCAGUCGGUGCCUACCGCUGGAAACCCCCGAGACCUGUGAGCCCGUGGUCUGGGGUCUACGAUGCGUCGUUCCCUCGGCCGGCGUGCAUGCAGGUCUGCAGUGGAUCCACCUCCUCGGAGUGUCCUAAGAAGCUCAGCGAGGACUGCCUCUACCUCAACGUCUUCGUGCCUCUGGAUCUCAACUUCACCUCCCCUCUGUGGCGCCCCCUGCCGGUCAUGGUGUGGAUCCACGGGGGUGACUUCAUAGCCGGCUCGGCCUCCAAGCCCGUGUAUGACGGACGCUUCAUCAGCAACUUCACUUGCACGGUUGUUGUGAACGUGGAGUACCGACUAGGGGCAUUUGGAUUCCUGGUGUCGGGUAAAGAUCCUCUGUCCUCCGCUACGGGGAAUUACGGGAUCCUGGACCAGCAGGCGGCGCUCUUCUGGGUGCAGCAGAACAUCGCGGCGUUUGGGGGCGACCCUAGCAAGGUUACGAUAUUUGGAGAGAGUGCCGGCGCUCAGUCGGUGAGUCUUCACUUGAUGAUCCACAGCAGCAAACCUCUGUUCAAACAGGCCGUCCUGCAGAGCCUGCCCUUUUCCAUCCCACUCAAGACCAGACACGACGCCCUGAGGCUGGGGAAAGACUUCGCUAAAGAGACCAACUGCUCGGCGAGCGACUUCGUCUGCCUGCUGUCUCUCACUCCGCAGGCCGUCCUGGCUGCACAGAUGAAAACAAGCUCUAAGGUCGUGAACCCGUUCAGGUUCCUGGAGGUUUUCGAGACGUGGGGCCCGCACAUCGACGGAGAGCUGAUCACAGAGCAGGCCAUCACCGCCUUCCAGAAGGGCGACUGGCAAAAAGAGAAGGCGUUGCUGCUCGGAACGACCUCUGAAGAAGGAGUGCUGUUUGUUUACGGCGUCUUCGGCAAGCCAGUGUCUGUUGUGGAGGCCACCGUGUACAUCGCAGCCAUCUUUAAGCAGCACUCUCUGAGGAUCCUACACGAAUACCUGCCGCUCUACAAGGAGGCUGACCGCAGAAACAUGCUAACACAGAUUAUCACCGAUUACGUGUUCCUGUGUCCGUCCAGGAGGUCGGCGCGUGCCGGAACAACUGCUGGCGGUCAUGUAUGGAUGUACGUGUUUGACCAUGUGGCCUCAGACCGCGGCGUCUGGUCCGGUCUCACAUUCUGCUACGAGCACGUCUGCCACGGGGCGGAGCUGCCCUUUCUCUUCGACUCUUCCCCGGUGGCCAACUACUCCCUGACCUUGCCUGAAAAGCUCCUGUCUAACCGGAUGCUGUGCUACUGGGGGGCUUUCGCACACACUGGUGACCCAUCAUCAAGGGUUGAGCGGACGGUUUUCUGUCGCGAGCAACGUCUUCCCGUUUGGCCACGCUAUUCUGACACCAGUGGCUGGCUCUUCAUGAACCUGACGGUGCGGUUGCAUGCGCAAGUCGGAACCAGAAACCAUAUAUGCGACUUCUGGGACCAGCUGGGCAUCUACUAGCUGGUUGCAGCUGGUUAGAGAGAUUAGGUUGGGUCUUAAUGAACAGCAUUGCCAUAUUUUACAACUUAGGAAAGAAGUCAAGAAACUAAACUUGUUCAAUGAAGAUAUGCAAACCUAUUUUAUCGUCUCUUCCGAAGACUUUGAUAGUGAAAAUCACAUCAGCAAGAGAGAAGAACAAUACAAAGAACUUCUAGAAAACUGUACAAAUGUGCAAGGAUGCCAUUUGUGUCAUAAUGUGUGGUGUGUCAUGCUAACCAUGCUAAAGUCAACAUACAAUAUGUUAUAAACUAGUCAAGCAAUUUUAUGCAAUGACAGCAGUAACAAUGCAAUGAUUCUUUCUAUGCAUUAAAACAUUGUCAGAAUAAGGCUUGACAAAAAAUAAGUUACAGACCUUUAAAAGUAAAAUUAUUAGACUAUAGCUUCUACUUUGUCAAAUAGAUUUACUCAUGCCAUUUCCUGUCUAGUUCUUCCGUUUCCUGUUUAUCACAGACUCUGUCUGAUAUGAUAGAAAAAUAAACUUUUUAGCAUAAUUAAUUAAACCUGGUGAUAGUAUCCUGCACCAAUCUGUGGUAUCCGACCCUUGACAUUUUCUGGAGGGGGAUCCUCCAAAGAUAAGACUGGAAGAUCCUUCAACUUACGAUCAUGCAUCUUCGACGUUUGUGCUUUAAGCUACACCAGCGUUUCCUCUUUUUCACUCAGAUAAAACAGAUUCCAACACAUUUGCCCUCUUCUCAUGGAACAUCUUUGUUUGAUGCCUACCCCAAGAGGCUGACACCAGCAGAGCCGU